AGGGAGGGUACUAGAAGUCAAAUCUUUGAGGCCAGAAGACGAGCUAGGAAGCGUCUUUGGACAGGAAAGCUGAAAUAGAGGACUUAUCGCAACCUUUUUCUUUUUUUUUCUUCUCUUUUUUACUCUCUGCAAGGGGGAUCCGUAGAUUUUUACCGCUCGGUUUUGCUGUCUCUGUGAGUCAAUCUGUGGAAGAAGGUUGACUAGCCUGGGGUUUGUUGACUCUUCUCCCCCACUGCUUAGUUGACUUGCCGACCAAAUGUGCGUAAAGGGGCUGUUUAUUAUCGCCGUCCUGUUUGGACUCGCAGCUUCAGGUGUUUUGCAGGUGAGCGGAAUGCGUGUUUACACAUCUGGGGAUGUUGAGGCGGUCAAUGGAACAGAUGUUCGUCUCAAAUGCACAUUUGACAGUUCAGCCAAGAUCAACCCUGAUCUUGUCAUCAUCUCCUGGACUUUCAAACCCCUUUCAGGAGGCCGAGUAGAUAGGAUUUUUCAUUACCAGCAAAAACCAUAUCCGCCUCUCGAUGGCAUCUUUAAGAAGCGCAUCUCUUGGGCUGGUGAUAUCAUGGGGAGUGAUGCCUCCAUCAUACUUCGGGAGGUCAAGUUCAUCUAUAAUGGCACCUACACCUGCCAGGUGACAAAUCCUCCUGAUGUUCAUGGCCCAGUUGGGGAGAUUCGUCUUCGUGUUGUCAAAACAGCUUCUUUCAACGAACUUCUCUACCUGGUCCUGGCCAUUGGAGGUGGCAUCGCCGCUGUGGUCUUUUGUCUCAUAGUCAUCGUGUCCUGCAGGAGAUGCAAGAGAAAACACAGACAGAGGCAGCUGGAGGGUGAUGAAGAGGUUCCCCGCAAAGAGAGGAAAGACCCCACUGCGUGGUCCUUUUUCUAGAUGUCAACAUGAUUCAUCAUGUUUGGCCUGGACUUAAGACAGAGAUUGAAGAAAGAUUGAAAUCAGCUUUCAAAAAAUGUUUUAUUUUCAGUUAAUUCAAGAUUUGACAUGGUUUUCCAGGUUGGUUUGGUAACUUUUUUCAUAAAUGAGUGCUAUUAUUAUCUGAAAACUGGAUUUUGUGUUUACAUCAUUUGCUUUUUUCUGCUUCCAAAAUUUGCUUAAACAUCUGAAAUAAAAAAAGACCAAACUGCAACUUUUUUAUCGCACUGUAAAUACACAGAUUUAUUUUUGUGACUCCAGUGAAGCUUAUUGUUGAAGUCUGUAGCAGAAACAUGUUGAAACUCCUGGGAGAUAUGUUUUUGAAAUACUUUUGCUUUGUGACUCAGCAUUUUCCAAUGUAGUGUACUUGCUAUGGCAACCAUGAUUAAACAUGUCCUAAAAAGA